AUGCGUCCAAAAACUCCUGUUUACAUUCUUCUUGAUUUUUCUGUUCACUUCAACGACAAUGAAAGUGAAAUUGUUACUAUGUUUCUUGUCAUCAAGAUUUGGAAUCAAAAUCAUAAAGAUUGGGAUAUUUACUAUGACGAUACUUUCGUAACAUGUUAUCAUAAUCAAGACACUGUUGGAAAGACAACAAUACCUCGUUUACAUCAAAAGAGACAUAAGACAACCACAUUUUUGCAAUUACAGCUAAUUGUUGAUAGGAGAAAAUGGAGUUCGCUAAUAAAAUGUACAGCAGACAAAAGUACUGCUAAAUUGCAGGUGGAUGUGGCGACUAGGAUUAAGUAUCGGCUGUUGGGUAUUAAGAUCAAACACCAUUCGCUAAAAUUGAGUUGUCGUUUUUCAGUUGGAUCAGAUGGUAAUAUUUCAGGCAAGAAAAAGGUCAGAUUGCAACGUAGACCAGCAAAGUGGAAAAUCAGACGAUCACUAGACGAAAUCUGGAUAUAG